AGCAGAAAGGCAUUCUUAGAAGAGAUUAGACUUCUUCUCUAUCAUAAUAACUUCCACCUAUUGCAAAUACCCUGCUAAGAGGGUUGGUUAUUCAUAGUGUGUUUAACUACUGACAUCUUUCUCUGGUCAACGUUUGAUAUCAGUAGUUAGUACUUAGUGAUCAUUGACCAGCUUCAUUUUAGCACCGUUUCCCAGAGGAAUGCACACCUUGUUGGUGGCUCAGAGGUGAAGAUAUCUGACUUGUAGCAGUGCAGCAUACAAUACACAUCCACUCUCACGGGCAGGGAGCAAGGUGGGCAGACAUUGCCUUGGUUAUUGAUUAUUACCCUGGUAAUUGGUUAUUGAUUACCCCCAGCCCUCUGCUGUGAGUCUGAAGGGACACAGAGGAUUGUACUCUGCGAACGACAUUUUCUUCCGUCCUGUUUUCUGCCAAAUCUCAUUUUGGUAUGGAUGAUUUAGCCACAAAAAACACAUGUAGAGGAGUAAAUGGACAGUCCAAAACAGAUGAAUCACCUUCUCCUGCUGCUCGCAGUGUUGACUCAUGCUGCGGAUCCUGCCUGAAACGCAUCAAGCUCUGGGUACCUGUGGAAUACAAGGGUGAGGCAGUCCAGGUUUUUAAACUGGCGGGACCCAUGCUCAUUUCACAGUUGAUGAGCUUCCUGAUCGGCUUCGUCAGCAUGGUGUUCUGCGGUCACCUGGGGAAAACAGAGCUGGCAGGCGUGGCAUUAGCAAUAGCGGUAAUAAAUGUCACAGGCAUUUCCAUUGGCUGUGGUUUGGCAUCAGCAUGUGAUACCCUCAUAUCUCAGAUUUACGGGAGUGGUAACCUAAAGCAUGUGGGAGUGAUUGCACAAAGGGGAGUUUUGAUUCUGCUCUUAGCCUGUUUCCCCUGCUGGGCUUUACUUAUUAACACUCAGCCCAUUCUGCUGGCGAUCAGACAGAGCACUGAAGUCGCCAGACUCUCCCAGCUGUAUGUGAAGAUCUUUAUGCCGGCUCUGCCAGCUGCCUUCAUGUACCAGCUGCAGGGGAGGUAUCUUCAGAAUCAGGGCAUCAUGUGGCCCCAGGUGAUAAGUGGCGCCGUGGUGAAUGUUUUAAAUGCAUUCAUCAAUUACAUCUUCCUCUACGUUCUGGAUCUAGGGGUCACUGGAUCAGCAGCUGCCAACGCCAUCUCACAGUACUGCUUGACUUUGUUCUUGUUUGGGUACAUCUGGGUCAGAGGGCUGCACAAAGCUACAUGGAAUGGUUGGUCAAGAGACUGCCUGCAGGAAUGGGGCCCUUUCCUGCGCCUGGCUCUCCCAAGCAUGCUGAUGUAUUGUCUGGAGUGGUGGCUGUAUGAGAUUGCAGGCUUCCUGGCGGGCAUCAUCAGUGAGACUGAGUUGGGGGCUCAGUCUGUAGUUUAUCAACUGGCUGCAGUCGCUUACAUGUUUCCUUUGGGUUUCUCUGUUGCUGCGAGUGUUCGGGUUGGAAAUGCUCUUGGUGCUGGGAACAUAGAGCAGGCCAAGUUGUCCAGCAAGGUCUCCCUGAUCUGUGCAAUUAUUGUUGCAUGCUUCCUUGGAGCCUGUCUUGGUGCAGCUAACAAUGUGAUUGGUUACAUUUUCACCAACGAGAAAGACAUUAUUCAGAGAGUGGCAGACGUUAUAAAGAUGUACAGUUUCAUCCAUGUUACUGAGGCCUUUUCGGGUGUAACAGGAGGCAUUGUCAGGGGGGCGGGGAAGCCAAUGGUUGGUGCUGUAUGUAGCUUGGUUGGAUACUACUUCAUUGGAUUGCCCAUUGGAGUGUCUUUGAUGUUUCCCCUGCAAAUGGGUAUUAUAGGCCUUUGGACGGGGUUCCUAAUUUGUGCUUUGGUAAUGUCCGCGUUUUUUACAGUUUUUCUUUGGAAACUCAACUGGGACAAAGCCAAGGAGGAGGCACUGGUAAGAGCUGGAGUCCAUAUUACAGUGAAGAAACAUUCUGCUCUGGACUCUGAUGAGAAACAGGUCACCGUAAAGACCAGUCGAUCACAUUCUCUGAGUCCAGCACAGGGGAAGCUUGAAGUGCUCAAAUCAGGUCAGCAGGCGUCAGCUGGAGAGGCUUUGUCAGUCAGGCAGCUGGUGGUUCGACGUGGCUUCGCUGUGCUGCUCAUGUUCGUCAUCCUUGCCACUGGAGUCGUCAUCAGUGAGCUGCUCGUCAGGCUGCUCGAAUUAGAUGAGACACCAUAA